AUGACCAUCCAAGACUCGGUCUUCAAGGUCAAACAUGGCAUCAUCAUGCACAUGUUCUCUCUGGACCCGACCUUCUUGCCCACCCAACGCUACGGCAACCUGCAGAGCCCACAGUUCGCCAGUGAAUCACUCAAUGCCUCCACAAUAGCAACCGCCAAUCUGGACCUCUCUGCAUCCCGAGGGAGCAGGUCCAGGUUGGAGCACACGUGCGCCGUCUACGGCGAGAGCAAGGACCCGACCAAGGCCAGGUUCGUGCGCAGGAGGAUAGGACUGGAUGAGCCCCCGGGGCCGGUCCUGGUCCUGUGCAAGUACAGGAGCCCGGACGUCAUCUUCGAGUCGAUCAUGUCGAGUUUGAACAAGUUCAUCAACUCGGUCAGAAGCGCGUACGAGACCAUGUCGGAUUUCGACCUCGCGUCCAUGAUGGAGGGCGUCGGGGCGUCGGGGGUCAUCGACGAGCGCAACUACGACAGGGGGGAGUCGGGCACGAACUGGUACCACCCCGAGACCGCGCCCGAGCAGACCGAGACGAAUGCGAAGAUGUUCGCGAAUCCGUUCGCCCCGGCGCCGAGAAACAACAGCGGGAACAGCAACGGGAACGGGGGUGGUGGCGGUGACGGGUCGGGAGGGGGCUCCGGCCAGAGCGAGGGCAGAGCGAGGGCAGAGCGAGGGCAGAGCGAGGGGAGGGGGCGCGGGUUUGACGGUCCGGUCGGGGCCCUGAAGAGGAGCCAGUCGGGGCAGUUGCUGGACUCCACGGGCAAGGGCGUCUCGCAGCAGGUUCAGGUCCGUCAUCGCGAUCACACAGUGGGAACCAGCAACUGGACGACAUAUCAUCCUCACCUCUUACCCAACCUUGGUCUCGAGCUUGAGCGAAUCCAAUGA